AUGGCGAGUCCUUCCACUCUAGUGAAGGAGGUAGUCAAGGAGACCCUCAAGGGCAGCGGUGCUCCUGAAGAUCCUUCCCACCAGUUGUCGGCGCAGAGCAAGGCGCGCUUCAAUGCCCAUGCCGCCAAGGACCCCGAGACCGGCGAACUGUACAUGGGGCCCGAGGAGUUCACCAACGCCAUUGCGCCAGUGACGGAGGACUAUCACAAAAUCAAAAGAGACCAGUAUUCAAUUCUCUUCCGCGUCGCAGACAACAAGGGCCGUGGACGUCUGAGUCUGGCGGACUGGGGCGUUUUUGAGAACCUCCUCAUGAAGCCCGAUGCCGAGUACGAAAUCGCAUUCCGCCUGUUUGACGUUGACCGCACCGGCGACGUCAAGUACGACGACUUCCGCAGACUCUACGAGCUCAACAAGGGCCCGGACAACAUUCCCUUCGACUGGGACUGUGAGUGGGCGAAGCUGUACAUUGGCAGCAAGAAGAAGCGCCAUAACCUGAGCUACCCUCAGUUUUCACAAAUGUUGCGCGGUCUGCAGGGCGAGCGCAUCCGACAAGCUUUCCAGCUGCUGGAUAAGGACGGCGACGGUUACAUUGAGCCCGAGGAGUUUGCGCGCAUCAUUCUCGAGACCUCCAAGCACAAGCUUUCCGACCACAUUCUCGCCAAUCUGCACACCCUUUGCAACAUUACCACGGGCAGCAAGAUUUCCUACGCCAGCGUCCGUGCGUUCCAGAACAUGAUCAAGGAGAUGGAUCUAGUCGAGCUCAUUGUGCGACGGGCCAUCUCCAGGAGCUCAGACGGCAAGAUUACCCGUGCCGAGUUUGUCAACGAGGCGUCCAGGGUUACACGGUUCUCUCUCUUUACGCCCAUGGAGGCCGAUAUCCUCUUCCACUUUGCCAGUCUUGACGAGCCCUCGGGUCGUCUGGGCUUGAGAGACUUUGCCAAGGUUCUCGACCCCUCGUGGAGAAAUCCCAUGUACGAUGUUGAUGAGCCGUCCGUUCCUGUGACCAAAAAGGCCUCCAUCUUCCAUGGCAUUCUGGAGUCGACCUACAACUUUGCGCUGGGUAGUGUGGCUGGUGCUUUCGGCGCCUUCAUGGUGUACCCGAUUGACUUGGUCAAGACUCGUCUUCAGAACCAGCGUGGCGCACAGCCUGGCCAGCGGCUAUACAAGAACUCGAUUGACUGCUUCCAAAAGGUGUUCCGCAAUGAGGGCAUCCGCGGCUUGUACUCGGGUGUUUUGCCUCAGCUUGUCGGUGUUGCUCCCGAGAAGGCUAUCAAGCUGACUGUCAACGAUCUGGUGCGAGGUUAUUUCACAGACAAGCAGGGCCGUAUUCCCGUGAGUGCUGAGAUUUUAGCUGGUGCUAGUGCUGGUGGAUGUCAAGUUGUUUUCACCAAUCCCCUCGAGAUUGUCAAGAUUCGACUGCAAGUACAGGGUGAGGUUGCCAAGUCUGUUGAAGGCACACCCAAGCGAUCGGCCAUGUGGAUUGUGCGUAACUUGGGUCUGGUUGGCCUGUAUAAGGGAGCAUCAGCAUGUUUGCUGCGCGACGUUCCCUUUUCAGCCAUUUACUUCCCUACGUACAGCCACUUGAAGAGGGACUUCUUUGGCGAGACACCCGCCAACAAGCUGGGUGUCUUGCAGCUUCUGACUGCGGGUGCCAUUGCCGGCAUGCCGGCCGCCUACCUCACCACGCCAUGCGACGUCAUCAAGACGCGUCUGCAGGUGGAAGCCCGUAAGGGUGAGGCGUCCUACACGGGUCUUCGACACGCCGCCAAGACCAUCUGGAAGGAGGAGGGCUUCACUGCCUUCUUCAAAGGUGGUCCCGCUCGAAUCUUCCGAUCAUCUCCUCAGUUCGGCUUCACCCUCGCCGCCUACGAAGUCCUGCAGACGCUGCUGCCCAUGCCCGGCGGCAAGAAGGAGGAGAAGUUGGCUGGCGUGGGCGACGUCAUGUCUGCCGUGACCAAGAGCCGAACCCUCGACACGUCGCCGUUUGCCCGCAGCCGGAACGCCCUCAAGAUUAUCCUGGAUCUGGACGAGGACUUUGGCCGGUCCAAGAUUCCCGACGCGAAUCGCUGGAAGUCGUUGCCCAAGGUGAUGGGUGGCGGCGGCGCAGCUCAGUAA